UAUAACCAUCGAACCGGAUACUCAUCGACACAGCGACUUCGGAGUGCGUUUGCGAGAGGUCUGGGUCCAUUCAUCCGAGGGAACACCGUUUCCCCCUAAUAUUUAUAUUAUAACUUAAACGUAUAUCUCUAGUUAAAUAGGUAUUUUUGUAUUUAAUUGUAUAUAAUAACUUAAGUGAUUGUAUUUAAACUGUUUAAAUACACCAUUUUACACUUCGUGAAUUUAAUUAAAUUUUUUGGUUCACGAAAAGGGUAUUUUUAAGGGCAUUUUUUCAUUCGGAGGAUUUUUAAAUCUGUCUACUGUCGUCAGUAAGAAUGAACCAAACGGCACCUAAGACGGAAACGACCCAUCUGAACCCAUCGGCAGUGCGCAGUAACCCCGACACGUCCAGCAGCCCUCAGCACAAUUUUGCCCUGGAAAAACAGUUAAUGCGCAGUCCUGAUGAAGGUGAUGCAGAGAAUCAGAACUUCCUCCAUGAUCAUCAGCUGGGGAAAAAGAAAUAUGAAACGGAAUAUCAUCCUGGUACGACCUCCUUCGGGAUGUCCGUCUUCAACUUGGGUAACGCCAUCAUGGGCAGUGGCAUCCUGGCCCUGUCCUACGCCAUGGCCAACACGGGCAUCGCCCUGUUCGUGAUACUCCUCGUCUCAGUUUUAAUAUUCUCCCUUUACUCUGUGCACCUGCUGCUGAAAACGGCCAAUGAAGGAGGUGCCUUAGUUUACGAACAGUUGGGCUACAAAGCUUUCGGCCUGCCUGGAAAACUGGCUGCUUCGAUAUCGAUCACCGUGCAAAACAUUGGAGCCAUGUCCAGCUACCUCUACAUUGUGAAGUAUGAACUGCCAGAAGUCAUCCAGGCUUUCUUGGGGAUGCACGAAAACUCGGGAGAAUGGUACCUCAACGGUGACUACCUGAUGCUAAUCGUCUCCUUUGUGCUCAUCUUGCCCCUGUCACUUCUAAGAAAUCUCGGUUACCUUGGAUAUACCAGUGGUUUCUCCUUACUCUGCAUGGUCUUCUUCCUGAUUGUGGUUAUCUACAAGAAGUUCCAGAUUACUUGCAGCAUGCUGAACAAGGACUCAGAGAACGUCACCCUGGGCAUCGCUGAUUCUCACUCGGAGCAGAACCUCACAGCCUACGAAGAUGAUGCUUGCACGCCAAAAUACUUUGUCCACAACUCUCAGACGGCAUAUGCUAUUCCUAUCCUGACCUUUGCCUUCGUGUGCCACCCUGCGGUGCUGCCCAUGUACGAGGAAUUGAAAGAUCGCUCCCGUAAGAAGAUGCAGAACGUGGCCAACGUCUCCUUCCUGUCCAUGUUCAUCAUGUACCUCUUGGCUGCCCUGUUUGGCUAUCUCUCCUUCUACGGCAAUGUAGAACCAGAGCUGCUUCACACCUACCGCAGAAUCUUCAAAUUCGACGUGGUCCUCCUCAUCGUGCGCCUGGCCGUCCUGACCGCAGUCACCUUGACCGUUCCUGUUGUGCUCUUCCCAAUCCGCACCUCUGUCAACCAACUGCUCUGCGCCUCCAAGGAUUUCAGCUGGAUCCGGCAUGGCAUCAUCACCUUCAUCCUCCUGGGCGGCACCAAUGUGCUCGUCAUCUUCGUGCCCAGCAUCCGGGACAUCUUCGGCGUCAUUGGAGCGUCUGCUGCUGGCAUGCUGAUCUUCAUCCUUCCAUCUGCAUUCUACAUCAAGCUGGUGAAGAAGGAGCCAAUGAACUCUAUCCAGAAGAUCGGGGCUGUCCUCUUCUUGAUCCUGGGGUUUGUUGUCAUGAUCAGCUGCAUGUCCCUGAUUAUGCUGGACUGGUUUCACAACACCAACAAAGAAGUCGGUCACUAAGUGGCCACAUCUCCCCUCCCCCGCCCUUAGCAGCCUCGGAUAGGGGGUGGGGUGCUAGCAGCUACCCCACAGCUGCCCCCCGCAGUCUCCAAAACCACCGGGCUGGCGGUCACAUUCUGGAGACCACAGGUGGGACUGGAAGGAUUGCAGUUGGAAACUUACUGAAGCACAACCCUGGGCAGCGUCCUGUACCAUUCUGAAAGAAUGUGUUUGACAAUGUACAGUAUUCAUUUAGACCACAUGGAUGGUAUUCUGGUAACUUUUGUUCUUUUUUUCAUUGUUGUUGUUGUGGUACAGUGCAAGCUUUUUAUUGUGCCUCUUGACUGAAUAUGGAAGUUGCUAUUUAAAAAACAAAACAAAACAGAAGGUCAGUUGUAUCUCAACAGAAAAAUCCCCCUCCCUCCCCCUGAAACUGGAAGUAUCCAGAAGUCAUGGCAUGGGACCCGUACAUAGCGUAUAUUUAACUGGGCUUCAAAACUGCUGGGGAUGCUGUUUCUGUAUAGACACUAAGUCGAAACUGUAAACAUUUGCCAAAAAAUACUGUAGAACUCAUUUGGAUUUAAAGCACUUAAUGUCCAGACUGCUCCAAAUUCCUUUUUUCUUUUGUUCAUGGGUAGAUGUUAAUGCCAGUGUUUUUCCCAUAUGUGCCGCAAGAACAUCUAGCUGUCAGGUCAGCGUUACAUGAAGUGAUAUUUAGUGUAUUAUUACCACAUUAUAUAGUAUUGUUACCCUGUGCUUGAGACACACACCAUUAUACUCACGGUGGAGAUGUGUCAACACGCUGACAGCUUAGCGUGAAAGGCAUCACAUCGCCUCAUGUAGAUGUACUACAUCUGCAGAUGUAGGGUACGGUCUGGUAGGAAACACUGCAUGGGGGAGCGAGAGGGAUGGGGUCCAUCCUGACCCGUGACUUGUAUUACUUGAAACUAGCCGUGUACUGAACCAGUACUGUACUUAAAGACUGCAUUCUGGGAGUCCGUUAAGACUGGGUUACCUUGCUCUGUGAAGAGUAAGGGGUCAGUUAUUCACCCAGAUAGCAUUUUACUUGAGACGCAGUGCUCGGAAGCAUAUAUCCCAGGUUGAAAUCCUGGAGUGUGUGACUUAAAAGGCAGCCCUGUCUCAUAGUACUACUGUGUUUUUGAAUGUUAUUAUUUUUUUUUGUAUACGCACAGCAUACAUCAGUGCUUCCAAAACGUCGGUCACCCGUCAUCAAACUUAGUCACCACUUAUUUUAGCAACACCAUAAAGGUGUAUUUACAAUGUAUUUACUAUAUAUAAUAUGUAUAUAAUGUGUAUAUAUAUUAGUGAAAUGUAUAUAUGCUGGAUUUUGUUUUGCUUAUGUGAAUUUACUAAAGGAGGUAAACGGUUGGAAUUUCCUAAGCCCCCCCGCCCCCAUAGGCACAAACAGUGGUACAGUACAACUUAGCAUAAUGGCUUUGUAGUAGAAGUAGCCGGCCGUCACACCAGCGCCUGCCAUUAUUAGACACUGCUGAGAAGAAGCCUCCCUCGCCACUGUAAAGCUAGGAGUUGUUUGUGUGUUGGAUCUGCAUACGUGUUCACUGUUAGACGUGGGCCCUGCGAUGUCUGCUGGGAUUUAGACUGUUCUAUGUGAGCUAUGUAGUUUCUUUCCCCUGGCACAGAGAAAUAAACUCGGUGCUAAACUGCUGAUCCUGUUUCAAUGAAACAUACUCUAUCUUGUUUAAUUAUUAAUAAAGCAAUUGAAUUCUCCCUA